AUGACCGCGUCCGAGGCCGCGCCGCCGUCCGCGCCCGCCGACGGCGACCGCGGCGUGAAGGUCUACACGCGCACGGGCGACGACGGCUCCUCGUGCCUCUUCAACAUGGAGCGCAGGGACAAGGACGACGACGUGUUCGAGGCGCUCGGCGACGUGGACGAGCUCGGCGUCGCGAUCGGCGUCGCGUGCGCGCACCUGGAGGACCCGAUCGACGAGCGCGGCGCGCUGCUGGCGCGCCUGAAGGAGAUUCAGAGCCGGCUUCUCGACGUCGGCAGCGCGGUCGCGACGCCGCUCGGCGAAUCUAGCGAGUGGAAGAGGGAUCGGACGUCGUUCGAGGCGUCGCACGCGACGACGUUGGAGGCGUGGAUCGACGAGUACGACGCGCACCUUCCGCCGCUGAAGACGUUCAUUCUUCCCUCGGGCGGGCACGCGUCGGCGCGGCUGCACGUGGCGCGCGUCGUCGCGCGCCGCGCGGAGCGACGAUGCGUUCCGCUGAUUCGCCGAGGGGACUGCGUCGAGAGCGUCGGCGUGUACUUGAACCGUCUGUCCGACUUUCUGUACACCGCCGCGCGGUUCGUCGCGAUGCGGCAGGGGAAGGCGGAGACGCCGUACAAGAAGGCGAAGGCGGUGGGGGAGGGGGAGGGGGCGUCGACAUGA